UCCCCGCGGCAACUUGACCCCGGAAGUGGGGUGUCGUGCUAGUGAGCGGGUGCAACGGGGGACUGCGGCGCGAGCCUCAGAUAUCAGCAGCAGCAGAAACAAUGUUUCACUUCUUCAGAAAGCCUCCAGAAUCUAAAAAGCCCUCAGUACCAGAGACAGAAGCAGAUGGAUUCGUCCUUAUAGGAGAUACAUCAAAUGAGCAAAGAAUGUCAGCAAGAGGUAAAACUCCAGAAGUUGAAGGCAACCAACCACUGGAGACUGGCAAAGAAAAUCCUUCCAGUGUGACUGUAUCAGGCUGUGAGACGGAAAAUAAGACAGGCCAGACUCUGGAGAACACCUCGUUAAUGGCCGAGCUCCUGAGCGAUGUACCCUUCACCCUGGCUCCACACGUGCUGGCUGUGCAGGGCACCAUCACCGACCUUCCUGACCACUUACUCUCCUAUGAUGUCAGCAAAAACUUAUCACGAUUUUGGUAUGAUUUCACUCUUGAAAAUUCAGUGCUCAAUGCUCUGUGAUUCACAAUAUUUAUGUCUGUGUGCACCUUAACAGCUUUAAAAGUCUGCCUCCUUUAUUUAACCUAUUUGAUGCUCUUUACCAUUUCACUGUUUAAAGGCCCUCAGCAAAGCAAGGAGCAUAAAGCAAAGAAAAUAUCAUUAUGCUUAUUGCUAUGUUUUUUAGAAUAAGGUACAUUUGUAUAAUAAUUGAACUUCAGUUCUACUUCCUUUCUCCCACAUAAUAUAAAAAUUAGGCUGUGAAGGUUUUCUGAAAAGAGUAGAUUCCUUCAGCCGGUCUCUCAAACUGUAACACCUCAGGUUUAUCUUAGAAGAACUGUGAAAAAGAACUGUGGCAUUUUUUCAUUACCACAGCUCUGAAGUCUAAGCUCCAAGUGAGUGUGAAGUCACUUCUCUGGCUUGAAGGAAGCUCGAAUUCAUGUUAUUCCCUUUUUUCUUCCAGAGUGUUUAUGAAUGAAUUCAGAAAAAAAAAAAUUGCCAGUUAGUUAUAUUUCUUCAGUCUCACUUUAGACAUAUUGAUGUGGAAAUUUAAAACUUUCCCUAAACAGCAAUGGUAAUUUGCUGAUACAAGAAUGCUAUAACUGCUCUGGAUGCUGUUUCAUGAGUAGCACAUUUUCUUUUUUUCAAACCCAUCGCAACCCUUUUUCACCUUGGGUGACUCCUGUUUUGCUGCCUUUGUUCUCUACCUUUUUGCUACUUCAGAGUAUGCUCUAAGACCAGCUUUCCAAAGGACUUACCCCGCUUUUGCCUCGGUUGGCAUUUGCUCUCCUUACCACAUAUGUUCCCAGUUUAUGAAGAAAUCCAUGUUUCCUUUUCAACCUCUCUGCCUUCUAAAGAAAAACAUCUCAUGAUCAUACAUAUUAUUGAUGAUAACACCCUUAUUUAGAAAUCUGUUGGCCACAAUACAGAUGGAAAUGUUCUACUGCUCGAAAAACUGAAAUUGACUCAUUUCCAAUUAGAAUGUAGGCAAAAACACCUACAUAUGACUUUUAGUUCUUGAGUAUUUAUUAUUUAUUCCAACUAAGACAGAACUGCCAUCGGUCAAUAAACCGUAAAGGGAAGAGGUAAAUUGUGAUACAGACUGUUCUAUGCCAUUGAAAAUUUAAAUCACAUUUGUUUCAAUUACCAGCAACAUGAUUUAUUAAUUCUGUGCCAAAUUUUAAGUAUAUUUUUUCACAAAGAUAGAGUGCCAUAGUAAAACUAAACACUGUGCAUAAAGGUACAUGAAUUAUUCAAGUUUUAAUGUGUUAUGCAUGUUUGUUUAAUAAAUGUGGCAUGGUCUUGAUAAAAAUGCUGUAUUAUUUAAAAGUUGAACAUUUCUGUUGACAAAAAUAUGCUUCAUUUACAAAUAAUGUUACCAUAUGAGGUUAAUGAUUAAAUUAGAUCUUCACAUAAUUUUUUCAUAAAACAUCAGUCUUAGAAAUACAACUUAUUAUCGAGACAAAUGUGAACAUUUUGUAGCAGUUUUGUGAAAGUACAUUCUUUUUAAAUAUCCACCUUACUGUAUCCUUAAAACUAAAUGUAAGCAUAUAGUCAAUUUGUCUAAUUUAUAUGUUAGAUUUUGUCUAAAAUACUUGUACAUUUCAUUAAUAUUUAUGUCUACCAUAUUAUAAAUGUGCUUAUAAGUACCUUCAUUUGUCUCUAAAAAUUGUUAUAUUUAAAUAAAUGUGAAUUAAAAUAUUUUGAUUAUUUUCAGUCCAGAAAAA